AUGGUAGACGCGCUGGGAUGGAACGCUCGGUCGAUUACGUCCUUCACACGCCAUCACAAGCAGCCCCAGUUCAACCACAACGUCGACCGACAGACCCUGGAAGAGGUCGAAGCUGGUGGCAAAGACGGCUCCUGGUUUGAGCACUUCGCCCUGAACGAGAUCGUGGCGCUGAAGGCUCUCGAGGACGAUCUCUCCCGAGAGCUAGACGCCGGUCGCAUCCAAAACGUCCAAGACAAGCUCGUCCAACUCAGGCGCCUCCUCCAAGAGAAAGCCAAGGUCAUGACCCGCCUCAAUGACAUCCGCCGUCAGAUCAUCAACCGCAAGGACCCCGAACGCGCCGAGACGAGCCGCAGAGCUCCUCUGUCCAAGGAAUUCGCCGACACGCAGAAAGCCCUCCGCACCGACUACGCCAAACUCCUGACGCUGUUGGCACAGGCAGAAGAAGCCGCUAUCCUGCUCCGCUCCCGUCUCGCCUCUCACAACGCCUCGGCCGGCAACACGAGCGCGGUCCCCAGCAUGGAUGCCGUGAAGAAGACCAUCAUCAAGAUGACCAGCCUAGCCGAGCGCCGAAACAACGACAUCGCGCUCCUCGAGUCGCAGAUGCGCAGGUUUGGUCUCCAAGACGGCUCCCAACCGUCGAGCUCCUCGGAGCGUGCCAACGGCGCCACCACACCCAGACGAUCCAGAGGCAGCGACCUCCGCAAGAGCAUCGCCGACACGCCUUUCGCCACGCCGCCCACGACCCGCAACAAGCUCAGCCUCACCGACCUCAACCGCCGCGCGCUGACGCCCGAAGUCGACGACGCCACGCCCAACAAGGGCUACGGCCUCUUCUACACCCCGCAGGGCAGCCCCGCGCCCGGCAACGAGCUUGCCCGCUUGAGCGACCUGGUGGACGACAACAUGGACAGUCUGCGCGAGACUGCGCGGCGGAGACGGACAGUCGCCAGUGGGCUGAGGAAGGCGCUGUUGGAGCGUGGGAUCAAGACGACAGUCGUCAACUAG